GGUUAUCUGUUUUUGUUUUUGAAUUCUAUGAGCUGUGUUUGUUUUCCUUCAUGUAUGACUUUUUGACGUUUGUGUUGUAAAUUUGUGAUUCACGAUAAAAUAUUGUAAUUAACAAAGGACUUUAUAUCUUUUUCAAGCUUAAAAUUUUCACAAAAUGAAAUUUUCUAAAAUAAAAUAAGUAUGCAAAUGAUUCUAACUUGAGUAAGCUAUUUCUCUGGGCUCUAGUAAUUAGGUACAUUGAAAAGUUAGAGUAGUGUUGACAACUGUUCAUUAAUCCAAAAACUUGAAAUGACUCCUCAUCGAAGACCUCAGGGUUACAGAAGACCACCAAUUAGUAAUUUCACCUACAUAAGCUCUUGUGUGAAGUACCUCAUCUUUGUUUUGAAUUUCAUAUUUUGGUUAUUCGGAGGUCUGUUGAUUGGUAUUGGUUCGUUUGCUUUCAUUGAAAAAUGGCAAAUUACUGGAUGGGUCAAAAUAGAUACAGUUUACGAUGUGGUUCUGAAUAUUUCCCUAGUGAUGAUUAUCAUGGGGGUUGUUGUAUUUGUUGUGAGUUUUGCCGGAUGUGUGGGAGCUUUACGUGAAAAUACUUGUCUCCUUAAAUUCUACUCCCUGUGUCUUCUAAUUUUCUUUCUUCUGGAGAUGGGUGUGGCAAUUGUUGGUUUUGUUUUCCCACAUUCAAUGCAGUCGAUGCUCGAAGAAAAUUUCACGGAUAAGAUUAUUCAUACAUAUAGGGACGAUUUGGAUCUACAAAACUUUAUUGAUUUUGCUCAACAGGAGUUCCAAUGUUGCGGUCUGAGUUCAGAAGGUUAUAUGGACUGGUCAAAGAAUGAAUAUUUCAACUGUUCUUCGCCCAGUGUGGAGCAUUGUGGUGUUCCAUUCUCUUGUUGUAUGAAUGCUACAGACAUAAGCUCAGGAUUGGUCAAUAUCAUGUGUGGAUAUGGAGUUCAAAAUCUUUCUGUGGCUGAGGCUAAUAAGAAAGUAUGGACUUCAGGUUGUAUAGAGAUAGUGCGUGUUUGGGCAGAACGCAACUUAUACACCAUAGCUGGUAUCGCUUUGGGUGUUGCGCUUUCCCAGUUACUUGUGAUAUACCUUGCUAAAACACUAGAAAGCCAAAUUGAACUUCAAAAAUCCAGAUGGGUUAGUUGAAACAUAGGUUAUAUUUGUAAAUAUGAUGUACUGCCAUUUUAAAUCUUUACAUGUUAUGUUUGUAAAAUAUCCAUAUUUUGUAAGCUUCCCCCUGUUCUCCAAGUGAUAGCUUUAUGUACAUCCUGAGCUUCAGUUCUGUUCUGUCUAUGUUCAAAGAUUCAUUUUGACCAAAAAAAUACUCCCUAGAUCAACCAUUGUAGAUCUCUCUUGAAAUUCGAUAUGAUCAAUCCAGUUAUAAAGUGCAAUUUUUGUUGAGAUCAUUUAUGGUGAUCGAUUUUCAUCUAAAUUAACCAUGACACGUCGACUUGAAUAAUCUACUUAAUAGAUCUUGAGAACAUCAAGUUAGAAAUGUAUAUUUGUACCCAUAAGUGUAUAAUUCCAUAAGAGAUUAAGAGUACCAAAGUUAUUUUAGGGUUUAAAGUAUACAUUGUUUCUGGAUAUGUGGAAAUAAAUGUUCAUUGUUGUGUGUAAAUGUUGAGCGAUUCUGAAAGUAGUUAUGUGUAACUUUUCGAAUUAUAUUCUUCCUUCACUUCCAAGUUUUGCUAUAUUUCAAUUGAAGUGUGGUGAAAUAAUUAGAAAACGUCAAAUUUUCGAUCUGUUAAUCGAUGAUCACUUCAAAAUUGACCCGUCCAAUUCAGAUUUUUCAUCGUAAACCAUAAAGCAAUUGAUAUAAUUUCUAGAGAUAAUUCGAACAAUGUAGAUGAAUUUCAUGGCAGCGUUUCUCUCUCUUAGUUCGAAGUUGAAUAUUUUUUGCUCUUCUAAUUAGUCUCAGAUAGGUUUAUGUACCUACCAAUAUUUCCAGAAAGACUAUUUGAAUGUUAUACGGUGAUGAAGUAUCUGUUCAGGGACAAUAAAAAAUUUUUACAAAAUUACACUGAGCUCAACAACCCUUCUGAUCUGAUUUUCAUCAAUCUCAAACUUGUAAGAUACAUUUAUUUUAUGAAUGGAAAAAUGUAAAAUAUAGUAUUACUUGAUAUAUCACAAAAAUGAGUAUAGUGUUUAGAGAAUCAAAAUUUCUAUUUUGAUAUAUGUUGAAAUCAAGUUGUUGACUGAAAUUUCAAGAAUUCUCAUUUAUAUUUAGAUAUACAAUAUAUUCUUAUCCUUGA